CUGGGUGUGGGGGGGCGCGGCGGGCCCGUGGGAGGCGUCCGCUGUCAGCUCGGACCUGAAGACUCCCCCUUCGGGGUCCGCGGAAAGUCGGUUGUCGCCUCUUCAGAAUUCUCCACUGCCGUCGUGACCCCCCGCCAGCCCGGGAAGGAGGAACAUCUUCCCUGACUGCAGCUCCGCGGACUCCGGCGGGGCUGCGUCCUUCCACCCGGGCGCCCGGCGCUGCCCACGGAGCUCGGCGCAGAGGUCGUCCGGAGCCCUUGAUCCUCCUGACCUCGCCAAUAAUCGUUUCUCCACCAAGUCGGGUCCAACUUGUGCGUCCGGAAUGCAAAUGACCUUACAAAGAGGAGCAGCUUGCCACUGCCCUCCUGGAUUCAUAGGCGGCCUGGUGGUCCUUGGAGUCACAGAAGAGAGCAUCAAGGUGCAUUUCUGCAUCAGCCUUCCAGCAUGGAAACCCUCCUUGUGUCCCCUGGUCUGUUUUCUAGAAGUCCAGUCUCCUUUCAUGAAGAGGCCAAAAGGGCAGUGGCUAACCAGCUGACAAAUUGUUAUCAGGACCUGGUAACCUUUGAGGAUGUGGCUGUGGACUUCACCAAGGACGAGUGGAUGCUCCUGGACUCAACUCAGAGAAGGCUGUACUGGGAAGUGAUGCUGGAAAACUAUGGGCACCUGGCCACAGUAGGAUAUCAGCUUGUCAAGCCCAGCCUGAUCUCCUGUUUAGAGGCAGAGGAGUUAAGGACAGCAGAGAGAAGUGUUCUCCAAGAAUGGGCAAUGAGACUUAACACCAAAGAGACAGCAGUUCAGCGGGAUACUUUUUGGUUAAAAAUGUUAGCAGAGAUACAGCUGGCCCAUAGCCAGGACAGAAAGGAGCUCUGUGACUUGAAGCCUCAUGAGGAACUCAUCAGAGAACACUUGGGUCCCCUGAUGCAUGGGAGUCCUCAAAAUGGAGGGGCCACUGAUGACUGCAGCCAGUGUGGACAAGACUUUCCUACUCUGCAUCAGGAAAUGGGUGCACACCAACUCCCGGCAUUCAGUCCAUGUGGAAAAGACUCGAGUCUGACUUCGGGUGAUGCUUACCAGGCACCAAGUGUGCAAGCCAGAUCCCUCGGAUGUGGUGCCUUUGGGCCUGCCUUGGUUGGCUGGUUAUACCUUCAGCCACCUGGGAGAGCUGGUAGUGACGAUGGGGCCUUCCAGUGGGGAGAGCAGCCUGGGGCCUUGGCCCCGCCCAUGAGCCACACUACGAGUGCUCAGGCACACCCCGGGAAGCAACGCUACGAAUGUAAGGAGUGCGGGAAAAGUUUUAAGUAUGCUGCCAACCUUAAUAUCCACAUGCGAAUCCACACAGGGGAGAAGCCCUACCAGUGUAAGGAAUGUGGGAAGGCAUUUUCUCGGUGCUACCCACUAACUCAGCACUUAAAAACCCACACUGAAGAGAAGCCCUUUGAAUGUCAAGUUUGUGGGAAGUGCUUUCGGAGUUCCUCCUGCCUCAACGAUCACUUCCGCGUUCACACCGGAUCAAAACCCUACAAAUGUAAGGACUGCGGCAAAGCCUUCACAGGGCGCUCUGGCCUGAGCAAACACCUGCCUACCCACACCGGAGAGAAGCCUUACGAGUGCAAGGAGUGCGGGAAGGCCUUCACCUCCACCUCGGGCCUCAUCAAACACAUGAAAAGUCACACAGGAGAGCGGCCCUUUGAAUGCGACCACUGCGGGAAGGCCUUUGCUUCCUCCUCCACCCUCAUCACCCACCUGCGGACUCACACGGGAGAGAAGCCUUUUGAGUGCAAGGUGUGUGGGAAAGCCUUCACGUGUUCCUCCUACCUGCGUAUCCACAUGCGCACACACACCGGCGAGAAGCCCUACUCGUGCAAGGAGUGUGGCAAGGCCUUCACGGAGCGCACGAGUCUCACGAAGCACUUGCGCACUCACACGGGAGAGAACCCCUUCGAGUGCCAUGUGUGCGGGAAAGCGUUUGCAUGUACCUCCUACCUCCACAACCACAUCCGGACUCACACUGGGGAGAAACCUUACGUGUGUAAGGAAUGCGGGAAAGCCUUCACGGUCUCCUCACACCUGAGUAAGCACGUGAGAAUUCAUACCGGGGAAAAGCCUCAUAAAUGUGAGCAGUGUGGGAAAGCCUUCACAGUGCGCUCAGGCCUCACAAAACACACACGAACCCACACGGGAGAGAAGCCCUACAUGUGUCAGGAGUGUGGGAAGGCCUUUACCACCUCCUCCGGUCUCAUGGAACACAUAAGAAGUCACACGGGAGAGAAGCCCUACGAGUGUGACCAGUGUGGGAAGGCCUUUGCGUCAUCAUCCUAUCUGAUCGCCCAUCUGAGGAUCCACACGGGAGAGAAGCCCUUUGAGUGUAGCACGUGUGGGAAAGCCUUCACAUGCUCUCCCUACCUGCAUAUCCACAUGCGCACGCACACGGGGGAGAAGCCCUAUGCGUGCAAGGACUGUGGCAGGGCCUUCGCUGUUUACUCUCACCUCAAUAAACAUGUGCGGACUCACAGUACAGAGAGAUGUCAGCCAGGUGAGGAUUUGGGGCCAGCUCGGGGUGCUGCUUCCCCUCUGGCAGGAUGCGUAACCACGCUGGAGGGGAGCCCUUUGGGUGGAAAGAAUGAGGACACGGCUUUAGGAAGUCCUUUUGCCCUGACAAUGCAUUCUGAUUCACAGUGGCCAGAGAGCUUGUCAGUGUAAGCCAUUCUGCAGUAUCCUCAGGCCCCCAUCACUGCAGGGUCCCCAGGAGAACCUGUUCUCUGCCUGUCCCAGGACCUGGAGGAGUGUGGAAAAGCUGAGUCUGUUCAAGUCCAUGUGACAAGCACACAUCUUUCAGCUGUGCCAUGUCAGGAAUGGAAAGCCCUACCUGUUUCUUGGGAGCUGAAGAAACACAUGAUACCUUCCAUUGAAGAGAAAGCUACUGAUAGAGAAUGGCCAAGGUGUAGUUCUGCAUAGUUCUUUGAUGGUUGACUGAGAAAGUCCUUAGGAAAGGAUGAAAUGUGGGGAAGUCACUAUUUUAUUUUCCAGUCUUAACAUCAUUCCUUAAUAAAUAGGCAAGGAUUCUCACUGAGAGAAAGUGAAAGAAAUCCUGAGUCCUUUAAGCUGACAGAGACAUGGCUUCACUGAUGGCUUUAUAAAUGUAUUUUGAUUACCUGCACUUUCAAUAUUUGAAAUGUUUUGAAAAUAUGUAUUUGUGACCAGUUUGAAAAUGUAAUUUCUUAUUCUCUUUAGCUUUUCUUUCAUCUUUACCAAGGUGUGACUGAAAACUAAAAUUAUAGAGGGUACAAUCUGAUGUGGUAUAUAUUACUAGUCAGGAUAAUUAUCCAUGAUAAUUGAACUGAAAUGAUUUAGGGUAUACUAUCUGAUGUAGAAUGAAUUGUCCACACACACACACACCAUCCUGAAAUGAUUACUACAGUCAGGAUAAUUGAAGUAUCUUAUAUGUGAUAUGGUGGCCCAUUAGUUUUGGGGUUGUGAAAUACUUUCCACUGUUUUAGCAGAUUCAGAUAUACAGGAUGUUGUUAUUGA